AUGAAGGGGUUAAGUUCAGGGGCGUGCUGCUAUUUGGCAAAACCAGCGAGCACCGAGAAGCUCAAAAACAUAUGGCAACAUGUUUUAAGGAGAAAGGGCGAAGCAAGAAAUCAUGAUAACAGUGAUAAUGAUGAUGAUCACAAUGUACAAUCAGGGAUUGCUCAGGCUGAGCAGGGUGCAAAGACUCCCAACAAGAACUCAACGAGGAACAGAAAUAAUGCGGGGGAUGAUUACCAUGAGAAGAACAAAGAGAACACAGGGAAGAAGCCAAGGGUGACAUGGACAACGGAGCUGCACCACAAGUUUUUGGAAGCUUUCAAUCGGCUCGGUGAUAAGGCUGUUCCAAAGAGGAUAUGUGAAAUGAUGAAUGUGGAUUACAUCAGUAGACACAAUGUUGCAAGUCAUCUGCAGAAGUACCGGAUAUACCUGCAAAAGCAAUCCGAUCCAUCUGCUCGUGCAUCUAUGAAAUGGAAUUCCUAUAGCAACAUGAGUAACCUUGAAAGUUUUAAGCAUUAUCCUGCAUCUUCAAUUUUUGCCUCUUCAAGUUCAAACAAUCACUUCGCAACUCAGCCAAUUCAGUUGGGCAGUACACUCAAGGAUGUUUUGCCACCACUACCGAGUGUAACAAGUCGUAAAACCGAAGCCUCUGCAAACACCCUGCGUUGCAUUCUAUUGAAGACAAACGAAGGCACCGCUUGUUCGCACCUUGACUACUCCUUUGUAAACAUGCCAAACGACAAGAUGUUGGAACCUGUAAAUCAGUUACCGAUGCAGCCCCUAGAAUUGGUCAACCAAUCUUCUAUUCUGAUGAAUGCACCUGCUACAUAUGUGAGCGGUGCACUUGGCGAUGCUUCCAAGUUUCCAGAUCUUUUUGGGAACUUUGACAACUCCUGGCAAACAUCUCUAGGCCCAUCUUUGGCAAAUAUCCCCAAGAUGAACCAACUCAUAAGCUUUGUAGGAGACUCAUCUUGCCAGAUACCGAUGGCUCAAAAUGAACUUCAGAAUCCAAUGGCGGCAUUCAUCAGCAACACCACACCAAUGGGAGGUCUCAAUGAACAGAUGACACCAUUCAACAUAGGAAGCAACACAAGCUCGGUUGAGAUGUCGAAUGGCAACUUUGCGCCUGGUAGCAGUUCAAGCAUAAUUUUGCGUAACAUUCACACCGACAAUUCUGCCACAAUGACUCGGAUGCUAAAUGGCCUAAGCAACAAUUACGCAUUGCCUAACAUUCAAGCAGAAAGUUCAGUCGUGUCAACUCAAAAGCUUAAUGGUGGGCAUGAUGUUGGCUUUCUCCCUGUGCAAGAAGACACGGCUGGCCAAGAAGGUCUUGAUGAUCAAUUGAAUGACAACACUGAAUUUCCCUUGGAUGAUAUUCUUGCUAUGGAUGACCAGAAUUUUAGUCAAGAUAACGAUCUCCUUAACGGGGACUGGUUCUGA